AUGAACGUCGCCGACAUGUCCAACACGUCCGUUAAGCCCUGUGAGAGUAGGCUGCCGCUGUCGGAGGUGCGGAUCAGUGACCAGGUUGUCCAGAGCUGUCUGCGGCAUGCCUUCACGACAGAGGGGGAGGAGGUCAUGGGGCUGCUACUGGGCCGCAUUGAGGUACAGCCCUCCACAGAGAUGCACAUGGACGGCAGUCGCGACGCCGGCCUCCCUGCGAGUCAGGCGGAUGGCGCUGUCAAUGGCGUCUGCAGCAGUGGUAACGGUACCGCCGUCAUCACCGCCGGCGCAGCGCCUGCGACGCGUUCCUCGGCGGCCAAGCGGGAAAAGGUGGCCUACAUUUGGGGGACGCACAUCGGGGAGCGUAAUGUGCAGCGCAGCGAUCGAGUGGAGAUGUCAGCGGAGUCCGUCGCGUCAGCUACUGAAGCGGCAGAUCGCAUGACGACUGACACAGGAGCGCUUACCUACGUGGUGGGAUGGUAUCACAGUCAUCCGAGGAUUCCAGCCGUGCCGUCGUCCGUGGACUUAUGCACGCAGGGGAGGUUUCAGCAGUACAUGGAGAGCGGCUGGGUCGGCCUCAUUGCGAGCGUCUUCAACACAGAGGCGAGCAUCACCUGCGGCCACUGCACGCUUCACUGCUUCCAGGCGGGGCUGAGCAACGAGCAUGUGGAGGUCCCCAUGCGUAUCGUUCCACAGUCGGACCUGUUUGCCUCCCUUGACCCUAUCGGUGCGCUGACGGACACCACGCCAAGGCUGCUGCAGGCCUUGCAGAAGGAGGUGCGCGACGCGGUCGCCGCAACGGUGCGGGAAAGCGCGCGCGACGCGGCCACCUCGCGAGCGGCGCGAGGGCUGGCGGAAGUACAACUAUUUCAGAUCGACCGCCUUGUUGCGGAGCCGACCCGCAAGGAGCUGGCGCACUGCUCGCUGCCCCUCUUGCGUGCCGAGGUGGCGCGCCUGGAGGCGGCGUUGGCUGAGACCGCGAGAGCCGCGCCGCCACCUCAGCAUUGA